AUGUGGCCAUUUUCUAGCUCGUCUACUAGAUCUACCGAUGAUCUUGAAAAGGAACUUCCCGAAAAUUUGAAAGUAGUAUUCCAAAAGGAAAACCCGGAGCACAGACAAGAUGAGUCCAUUGAGAAAAAUACGAAAGAGCAAAUCUUGGUGAACAGGAUGAUUCAAAAAGCACAAGAAGAACAUAAGAACUACAACUUUGAAUUUGAUCAAUAUAAGAAAAACGAAAACAUAGCUAAGGUAAGUUCAAUAAAUUGCGCAGAAUUGCAGCAGAAUGUCCUCUUGUGUCUAAAGAGCUGGAAAGCUACUGACUAUACGUUUUGCGCAAAGGAAAUAAAAUCUCAUUCAAAUUGCUUGGAAGUCCAAACUGAGGCCCUUAGGAAAUUGCAGUAUGAUAACUGUGUAGAUUUGAAGCAUUGUAAGCAAAUUAGAUUUAUCGUAGAUGAAUUAUUUGUCAAAAACUUUGGAUCAUUGGGUGAAAAGUUCGACGAAGACAACUAUAUAACUUUUAUGAGAGAAGUGGAAGGGAAUUUCGAAAACCUUUGGAGCAGCUAA